AUGAACACCGUCGUGCGCGCGCUGACGCUCGGACAAGUCGCCGUCGUCGUCGCGGCGUGCGUCGCGGGCGCGCUGCUCGUCGGCGCGGUCGGUCUGGGAGGCGUCGUCAUCUUGCCCGCGCUCCUGCUCGCGAGGGCGUGCACGCCCGAGGUCGGGAUCGUGUCCCUGUUCGUCGCGUUCACGCCGACGAUGGCGCUCAGGGUGUGGAUGCUGAGAAAAAUAGUGCCGCGCGAUCGGUUUCCGACGCGGCUGGGAGGCGUCGCCGCGGCGGGAGGGGCGUGCGGCGCGAGCGUCGCCGGGGGCGCGCUCCUGGACGUCGUCCCGAGAGAGGCGCUGACGUACGUCAUAGGUCUCGUCGCGCUGGUGGCGGGAGGGAAAGACGUCGCAGACAGCGCGCGGCGAUUGCGCUCGCGCGCGGCGCGGUCACGCGCGGGAGAGGGGGAGACGGUGGUGACGGUGGAAGACGGCGGAGACGACGGAGACGACGGAGACGCGGCGCUCGAGAUGGACGGCGCGGACGCGGUCGACGCGAACGAGAGCGAGAGCAAAAGCGAUGAGUACUGGUUAGAACCUACGACUCGCGAGAUGUGGUUGUUGUUCAGCAUCGGUGUCGUCGUGGGGAUGCUCAGCGUGCUCACCGGAACCGGCGGCCCGAUAAGCUUCCUGCCGAUUGUAGUACUGUGGAAAGGCAAGGUGAACCGCAAGGUGAUGUUAUCGAUGAGUGCGAUUCAGAGCGUAUUCUUAGGUAUCGCAGCGAUCGUCAGCACCACUGCUCGUGGAAAAAAGCCCGACCCCGGGCUCGUGCUUUUGAUUUUGCCGUGCGGAUUGGUCGGAGUCGCUCUCGGCGUGCGCGUGUUGAAAUAUUUCUCGCGCGAGUGGCUGACUCUCUUCAUAGGCACCAUCUUGCUCGCCGUCGGUUCGUUCACCGUGCAUCAAGCGACUGAACUGUGA